CUUUCUCAACCACACACCACCACCCACUCACCCAUAUACAUACCACCCCUACCUUUGAGAGCAAAAGAAAGAAAGAAAGAAAGAAAUGCCCGGCCUCACCCCCUCCCAACUCUCCUUCUUCCAGGAAAACGGCUACCUCGUGAUCCCCAACUAUCUCUCCCCCACCGAAAUCACCUCCCUGACCACCGAAACCAACACCCUCCUAACAAACUUCGACCUAACCACGCACCCACUGACCCAAUUCACCACAGGCGACGACGAAGCCAAACACUCCAAGCCCCACGUCGGCGACGACUACUUCCUAACCUCGGGCGACCAGGUGCGGUUUUUCUUCGAACCGGACGCGUUCACACCCGACCCCACCGCCAGCACCAGCACCAGCACCAGCCAACGCCAGCGCCAGCAGCUAUCCCGACCGAAGGAACUCGCCGUGAACAAGAUCGGACACGCGCUGCACGAGCUCUCGCCGCCGUUCAGGGCCGUCUCGCUCUCCGCGCGGAAUGCCGAGAUCGCGCGGUCCCUGGGGUUCCGCGACCCGAGGGUGUUGCAGAGCAUGGUGAUUUGCAAGCAGCCCGGGAUUGGCGGGGCCGUGCCGCCGCACCAGGACUCGGAGUUUCUGUAUACGGAUCCGCCGUCGGCUGUCGGGUGGUGGGUUGCCCUGCAGGAUGCGGGGCCCGGGAAUGCCACGCUGGGGAUGUAUCCUGGUUCGCAUCGGCGGAGGGCGGUGCGGCGGAGGUUUGUGAGGAGGUAUAAUGCGGAGGGGGAGGCCUGUGGGACGGAGUUUGUGGGGAAUGAUGGGCCGGGAUUUCCUAGGGGAUCUGCGGAGGAGGAGGAGGAGGAGGAGGAAGGGGAGAUGGAGGCUGGGGCUGAUUUUUUGGAUAUCAAGGCUGGUUCGCUGGUUUUGAUCCAUGGGAAUGUCCUACAUAAGAGCGACAAGAAUACAAGUCCUCGGAGUCGGUUUGCGUAUACCUUCCAUGUUAUUGAGGGCGCGGACGGCUGGGUUUACGAUAAGCGGAAUUGGUUGCAGCCUCCUGCGGAUGGACGGGGAUUCUCCAAGCUGUAUCAAUCAUGAGAGAGGAGGUUACGAAUGAUUUUGUGUCUCAUUGCAUUAGUAUCGUCAAGUGUGCGCUAUACAGGUCCCCGUUCUUUUUUUUUUUGGACAACCCAACCCAUAACUCCUAUCCAUGGAAUAGAUAAUAAUGUAAAAUAUCUGCUCACAAUGCAACAACAACAA